UUAAAUUUAAUUGGUUUUUUUUUUUUUUUUUUGCAGAUUAACAAUGCCCUCAGAAGCAAGACUUUACAUUGGAGAUUUGAAUCCCAGCGCAACUAAGUCAGAUGUUGAGCGUGAAUUUGGUAAAUAUGGACAUCUUCGAGACAUUUGGCUGGCACGCAAUCCUCCAGGUUUCGCAUUCAUCGAAUUUGAAGAUUCCAGAGAUGCAGAUGAAGCGUUAAGAAAUUUGGAUGGAAAUUUAGUUCUUGGAACGCGUAUUAAAGUAGAGCGAUCAAGAGGACGCAGUCGUGGUGGACGUGGUGGAGGAGGCAGGGGAGGCCGUGGUGGUGGUUUUGGCGGACGAGGAAGGGAUCGUGAUGGUCGACCAGGAGGCAGAGGAAGACCAUCUUACGGUGACUACCAAAGCAAUUAUCGUCGCGGCUAUGAUGACACAAGAUCGUCUCGCUACGCAGAUUCAUAUUCAGGCUUUGAGUCGCGUGGGCCUCCAAGUUACCGCAGUCGCUCACCACCAAGACGAAGGUAUUAUAAGCUCAAAUCAAGCAUAUGUCCACUCUGGUCUAUCUGAAAAAGCGGUCAAUAUUAGCGAAGUGUCAAUAUAAGAUAACUCGCUAAUUGAGUUGCUAUCUGAUGCAAUGAAGCGAUUUUCGUGGAAAAUUCAGCAUUUUGUCAUAUCAGAAGGCAUAUAAUAUGAUUCAUGUGUUGCACCCUUUCCCCUAAUUUAAAUUAUGUUCUCUAAUACAAGCAUUUUAUUUCAGCAUACGACACAGAUCGCAAGACUGAUAAACAUAUCUUUUUGUUUAUAGCUCUGCAAUUCAGCAUCGUAUGAUUCUUUGACCUAGUAGCGUACAUUUCAAUUUUAGCACAACCUUGGCAUAUCUGAAUAAAAGGUUCAAUUGCAGCGAAGUGUCGAUAACAGAUAAUUCGCAAAUUGAUUUACUUUCAUAUGCAAUGAAAUGAUUUUGGUGGAAACGUUUUGGUCAUAUCUGAGAGCAAAUUGAAUCCACAUACUGCACGCUAUCCCAAAUUGUAAUUAUCAUGUCCUAAUCAAACAAAGCAUUCUGUUUCAGCGAAUGAUGAGGCUACACAGUUGUCAAAUACUUUCGUAACACUGAUAAACACAUCUUUAUGUUCAUAGCUUCGCAAUUUAGCACGUACGAUCGUUAGUGGCAUGGUAGCGUAUUAUUUCAUUAUAUGAGUUGACCUGAAAUGUCUUUAUUGUUUUAUUAAAACCCAAUGAGAAGGUUCUCCUUAAAACACUUCUAGCUCCACACAUUAGUUUAUUUUUCAGAUGGAAUAUCUAUUUAUUCAUGGCGGGCAGAUUACUUGUAGAGAUAUCUCAAUAGAAUCUUAUGCAAGGUCUGCAAGAGGCUACUUGAAGUUCGCUUUUAAUGUAUACAAAAUGCCUGGCUGCUCCGAGGAAGUACAGCUGAUAUCUACAUUCCACACAUCUGCAUUUUAGACUAAAAAUCGCUACAUGAUCUGGUACUUCUACGUACUGCGAGCCAUUGAUCCAAAUAUUCUACAAAACAAACCUCAAAAUCCACAAAGUUUAAGCGAAAUCAACAAUUUCUGAGUUAGCCAAAUAAUUUAAUGAAAAACUAUUUAUAUAGGCUUACAAAAAUGAUAAUUUUUCUUAGAAGAAGCAACAACAAUCUGAGAUAUAAUACAAUAAAUUUAAAGCAAUGUCCAAUAGUUAUCAAUGUUGCCAUGCAAAACAGCAGAUAAGACAUUGAGUAGCUGACCUUAGAUUUAGAAAAAAAUACUUAAUCAUCAGUAUUGACAUUGAUCACAGUGGUUGAAUAACUGACUAAUAAUUUGGUAGAGAAUCAAGAAUCACUGUUAGCAGAUGUAUAUUUAAAUGAUUUAGCAUGUCUCAAAUUUAAUAUCAAAUUGACCUCUUUGGAAGCUGUUUAUGUACUGCAAUUUGUAUACGCUAGCCUCAGUAUCAAGCACAGAGUGAAAGUUAGCGGUAAGGUUAACACAAUUGGUCUGUUCUCAAAGGACUCCUGUUGAUAUGCGCUUGCAAAUAAAAAUGUUUUAUUUCUUUAAUUUUAUGUAGAUUUUGUGAGGAAGCUUAAGUACAGCUGAUAUCUACAUUCCACAUACAGUAUCUGUAUUGUAAAAGACAAAAUCGCUACAUGAUCUGGUACUUCCACCUAAUGCGAGUCAUUUAUUCUAAACUUCAGCAAAUCAAACUAUGUAAUACAAACAGCUCAAGCGAGUAGAGAAAAUUUCUGAGCUACCCAAAUAAUUUUAUGAAAGUUAUUGCUAGAUUUACAAAAAUUCCAUUUACUUUUUUGAUAGAAUCUGCUGCAACAUCUCUUGGAAGUAUAAUACAAUAAACAUAGAGCCCAAUAGCUUAUCAAUGUUGCCCAACAAAGCAGUGAAUAUAAUACUGGGUAGAGUAGCUGGCCUAAAUAGAGAAUAUCAACAUUAUCAGUAUUGACAUCAUCACAUUGGUUGAAUA